AUGGGCAUCUACUUCGACUCAUGGCUCACGGAGCUGCUGGUGGUGCUCUCACUGCCGAUAAUCUACAUCUACCUCAAGUUCGUCUUCAUCCACUACCGCUUCUGGAAGAGCAGGGGCGUACCUUACGACGAGCCGACAUUCCCUUUCGGAAGUCUGCGUGACAGCUUCUUUGGCAAGCUCUCGAUGGGCUUGACCAUCGCCAAAGUUUACAGGAAACACAAAGGCAAAAAGAUCGUUGGCAUCUACGCUCUUCAGCGACCAGCGCUGGUUGUCAGGGACCCAGACCUGGUGCGAACCGUGCUGGUGAAGGACUUCCAGGCGUUCCAAGACCGCGGUGUCACCAUGGACAAGAGGGACCCCAUCAACAGGCACCUCUUCGCCUUGACUGGAAACGAGUGGAAGAGGCUGAGGGUCAAGCUCACUCCCACCUUCACUUCAGGGAAGCUCAAGAUGAUGUUCUCUACUAUGACAGACUGUGGCCGCGAGCUGGUGUCGGUGCUGGAGAAGACAGCAGCCAAGGGCGAGGCGGAAGAGAUGCGCGAACUGGUGGCGCGCUACACCACUGACGUCAUCGCUUCCGUCGCCUUCGGCAUCAACGCCAACUGCCUGCAGAACCCGGACUCCGAGUUCCGCCAGUGGGGCCGCAAGAUCUUCGAGCCGUCCUUCACCAAGACGAUCACCAUCAUCGCUCACUUCCUCGCCCCAGCACUGGGCAAGCUUCUCAAGUUUAGCCGCUCUAACGAGCCUCCCGUGACGGAUCAUUUCCGGAAAAUGGUAAGCGACACUGUCAAGUAUCGCGAGACAAACAACGUGACGAGGAACGACUUCAUGCACCUGCUGAUCCAGCUGAAGAACGUCGGUUCCGUGGAGGAUGACAAAGCGGCCAGCGCCGGAGCGGACGCAGAUGCUGCCCGAUGGAUAAUGAAGUUACAAAGAAGCACAUUUAUUUCAGAGCUGACACUGGACGACAUAGCGGCCCAAGCUUUCGCGUUUUACCUCGGCGGCUUCGAGACGUCAUCCACCACAAUGAGUUUCGCCCUGCACGAGCUGGCGGUCAACCCAGGCAUCCAGCGGAAGCUACAGGAGGAAAUCGACAGUGUCCUGGAGAAGGGGGGACAGGGCCUGACGUAUGAUGCCAUCAGCCAGAUGAGCUACCUCGAGAAGGUCGUAUCUGAGACGCUGCGGAAGUACCCCAUUGUGCCGAUACUGAAUCGCGAGUGCGGCGUGGACUACAAGUUCGCCGGCAGCAACAUGGUCAUCCCCAAGGGCACGCCGGUGAUGAUCUCCGUAUUUGGGCUUCACCGAGACCCCGAGCACUACCCGGACCCAGAGCGCUUCGACCCCGAGAGGUUCACUGAAGAGGCGAAGGCCAAGAGGCAUCCCUACGUCUACAUUCCGUUUGGAGAGGGCCCGAGAAACUGCAUAGGAAUGCGAUUUGGUCUGCUACAAACCAAAGUAGGCCUAGUGCAGAUACUCUCCAAGUUCAACGUUGAGACCUGCGACAAGACGAGAGCGAAUCUGCGCUUCAGCGCGAAAUCCUUCAACCUGGGUUCUGCUGACGGCAUACAGCUGAAACUGACAAAGCGGAGCUAG